AUGCCCGAAGCCGACAUAGAGCAGGAUGCGGAUAACGGGUUGCGACCCCUUCGGAGCGCGGUCGGCCAGGUGCUCACGUUCUGCUUACUGGCGCUGGGCUCGCGGCCGCGCACGCAGCGCUGGAGGAAGCAGGCGCUGGAGGGGCUGGUCGAAUGGGAAACCGACGACAUCGCGAGACUGGCCCAGGUGCCCGAAUCAAUCCAAAAAUCCUCCAAAGGAGAUCGACCGUUUUAUUCAACCGGACAUCCAAACCCUGAUUCGUCCCCCGCCGUGACUCGUUCCAAGGGGAAAAAUCAAAGCUCAGGAAGUUGUCGCCCAGGAUCCGAUCCCACUGGCCAACGGGAUGAAUCGUCGCCUGGCCCGUCUGAUGAACAAACUCGCACGGCUGAUAUACCGGCUUCAGCGCGCGGGACCCGAGGAGAGACUGGACGAAAAGCCUCUCGAUCUUCUUGUGGCCAGCGUUCAGGUCGAUCCACACGAGGUGGCCGGACUCGGCCUUAUUGCACUCAAAAAUGCUUGCUGGGGUUAGUGCGAGGAGAAAAGCUGGACCCAAAUUGCCCCAACAUUUCUUUGCACAGCGAUAAUACAGAUGUGAACGACUAUCACCCGGUGAAUGGCAAAACCCUCCUGGCUCUUUUCAAGCACCAGUUUAGCAAAGACUUAGAUCAUGACUGCCACCCUCUAGACAUACAAGGAGCCCGAGGGGCGCUCUUCCAAGUUUAUCUGCGGUCAUACAGUUACACGAUGGUGGCGAAGGGCACUGUGGCCGAGUCCGUACGACAUCUCCGACACGAAUGGCAGGUGUAUGAGCGAUUACGAAAACUUCAAGGGGUAUGCGUACCUGUUUGUCUCGGCAAUAUCGACCUUGUCGACCCAUAUUACUACGACCUUGGCGUCGAUAUCGUGCAUAUGACGUUUCUUGCAUGGGCAGGAGGGCCUUUAAGGAAUGCCAAGCUUGAAGGAACCGACGGAUUCACACAAGGUGGCGAGAUGCUCCGCUCGCUACAAGAAAUCCAUGGUGCUGGGGUAUUGCACGAAGAUGUGCGGUGGCCCAAUGUGCUCUGGAGCGCAGAGGCAAAACGGGCGAUGCUGAUCGACUUCGAACGGUCAAAGGCUACAACAUUACAUCGACAAGGAUUAUCCCCUGCGAAGCUAGACUUGAAGCAAAGUCGAUCUGGGAGCAGCAGGGUUGACCGCCAAAAGAGCGUGGACGGCGUUUCUCAAAGCACUCUAGGAGAUCUUUUUCCAUUUCAGAUGGAGAUGGCGAGGGUGACGGGGUUAUUUGCGUAA